AGAAGGGGGAGGACUGGAACGUAGUUGAGCCCAUUAAUCCUGAUUUUGCUUCGCUUCUUCACUCCCAUCUCUUGCUAUUCUCCUCGAUUCUCUCUCGACUUCCUUUCUCUGUUUACCCAAUUUGUCCAAAUUUGCAGCGAUGGCGAAGGACCCAGUGCGCGUUUUGGUCACUGGAGCUGCGGGACAAAUUGGGUAUGCCUUGGUGCCCAUGAUCGCUAGAGGAAUCAUGCUGGGCCCAGAUCAGCCCGUCAUUCUGCACAUGUUGGACAUUCCCCCUGCCACAGAGUCCCUGAAUGGUGUGAAGAUGGAGCUUACAGAUGCAGCUUUCCCGCUUUUGAAAGGUGUUGUAGCUACAACGGAUGUGGCAGAGGCCUGCAAGGAUGUGAACAUCGCAGUCAUGGUGGGAGGAUUUCCUCGCAAGGAGGGUAUGGAGCGCAAGGAUGUGAUGUCCAAAAAUGUUUCCAUCUACAAAGCUCAGGCCUCAGCACUUGAGCAGCACGCUGCAAAAGAUGUCAAGGUCUUGGUGGUCGCAAACCCAGCAAACACCAAUGCCCUGAUCUUGAAGGAGUUCGCUCCCUCUAUUCCUGAGAAAAACAUCACGUGUCUGACCCGGCUUGACCACAACAGGGCUCUUGGGCAAGUUGCCGAGCGCUUGAAUGUGCCAGUGUCCACUGUGAAGAAUGUCAUCAUCUGGGGUAACCACUCAUCAUCGCAAUACCCGGAUGUCAACCAUGCCGUCAUUGACAGUCCAGAUGGUGAAAAGGCCGUGCGUGACGCAGUUUCAGACGAUGCCUGGUUGGAUGGAGAAUUCAUCAAAGUGGUUCAACAACGAGGUGCAGCUAUCAUCAAGGCUCGCAAGCUUUCAAGUGCCCUUUCUGCGGCCAGCUCUGCUUGUGACCACAUCCGUGACUGGGUUCUAGGCACUCCCAAGGGAUCAUGGGUAUCGAUGGGAGUCUACUCUGACGGAUCUUACAAUGUGCCACCAGGCAUUAUCUACUCUUACCCUGUGACAUGUGCCAAUGGAGACUGGACCAUUGUACAAGGACUCUCCAUUGAUGAAAAGUCGAGGGCAAAGCUGGACGCCACCGCCGACGAGCUUGUGGAGGAGAAAGCUUUGGCAUACACUUGCAUUAGCGAGUAGAACUGAGACGCCCACUCAUGUUUAGGCUCGUGUUAAUUAGCUGCAACCCCCUCUCCCAGGUUGCCUAACUUAGUGCACCAUAUUUUGGUGAUGACAAUUUUCAUGAACAGUAUAAAUGAGUAAAGUUUAUACUUAAAAAGA